CUAAGACCCGCCAAGUCAACAAUAAUUCUCAACGGUCCCCUCUCUCUGUAUCUAUAUAAAUAUACACGAUGUGUAGAGAAUUUGCUGAUCUUGAGAUUUUUUUUUCAUCAAAAACCCCCAAAUACUUGUGAAGAAACAGUAGAAUUUUACGUGUGUGUGUGUGUGGGUGGGUGGGUAGAGUUUAAACUUCGAAGAAAUGGCUUUACCUAAUUCAGAUAUGUCAACUGAAUCUGGAUCUAAAUACACGCCGUAUUGCCGGAAGCAGAAAUCACUUGGUCUAUUGUGCUCCAAUUUCUUGAGCUUGUACAAUCGGGACGGUGUGGAAACAAUUGGACUUGAUGACGCAGCCUCGCGAUUAGGGGUGGAAAGGCGGCGGAUCUAUGAUAUUGUCAAUGUUUUGGAAAGUGUUGGUAUUUUGGCUAGAAAGGCAAAAAAUCGGUAUACUUGGAAGGGUUUUCGAGCAAUUCCUAAGGCUUUGCAGGAUCUAAAAAACGAAGGUUUAAAGGAGAAUUGCCAUGGAGCUGAUGGAAAUUGCUCUGAGAAAGUUUCAGAUGAUGAUGAAGAUGAAACCUACUCAGAUACGAACAAUUUAAGUCAGAAUGAUAAAUCAAACCCCAAUUCUCUUUCUAAACUUUCAGUGCCACAAAAAUCUGGUGACAACAGAAAGGAGAAGUCUCUGGGGCUUCUUACACAGAAUUUUGUUAAGCUCUUCCUUUGCACUGAUAUGGAAUUGAUUUCUCUUGAUGAUGCUGCAAAGCUAUUGCUUGGGGAUGGAAAGCACACUUCAAUGACUACUCGAACAAAAGUCAGAAGGCUGUAUGACAUUGCCAAUGUCCUGUCUUCCAUGAAAUUUAUUGAAAAGAUUCAUCACCCAGAAACAAGGAAACCUGCAUUUAGAUGGUUGGGGCUAGAAAAUGGACCACAUAAUGAGUCCAAGAAACGGGUAUUUGGGACGGACCUUACUAAUUCCACGUUAAAGAGGUGCAAGGAGGAUGGGAACGCCAAGCUGCAGCUGCAAAAGCAAGUUAGACAUCAGAGUUUGGAGAAUGAGGUUGACACAUUAAAAACAAGUGCAAAGAGUUUCCAGUUUGGUCCUUUUGCACCUGUAAAUGUACCAAACGUUGAAGCUCCAGGCAAUGGCAAACCGAAACGAGUUAUUGAUUGGGAAAAUCUGGCCUCUACUUAUCGGCCUCGGUAUCACAAUCAAGCUUUGCGGGAUCUCUUCUCACAUUAUGCUGAAGCAUGGAAAUCGUGGUAUGCUGAAGUUGCCGGGAAGGAGCCAAUACAACUAAUGCCCUAACAGUUUGGAGGUCAUCAGGAGCAUUGAUGUACACUUAAUACUCUUCUCUGUUUUCGUCAUUUCACAAUCAAUGUACAUUAAUUAGAGGUUCGUAACAUUAGUUUUCUUGAAUAUUAAUUGAUUUCUCUAGUAUACAUGUUUUGAUUUUUCAGA